AUGUUAACUAGUAGAAUGUGCGGAGAGUUUGAUACUUUGUUGAAGUUUUUCCCCGAUGAAUUGGAUGGUUCUGGGAAUUAUGAUUUUAAAAAGAGAUUCUUUAAGACAUAUUGUUCUAGUAACAAUUGUGACAUUGAUAUAAAUAAGAUUAAUGCUGGAUGCUUAUGGUUAUUUAAUAAAUUUUAUGGUGAUAGUGAGAAUUUUUCGUAUAAUGCAAAUGACAAUCUUGAUAUUGUUACAUACAUUAUGACAUGGUUAGGGUAUAAAUUAAAUCAAAAACUAAAUAGCGAAUUUUCAAAUAUAAAUGAAUUUUACAAUAAACAUAUGAAAAAUACCGAUGAGUAUAAUAAUCAUAUAACUGGUAUUGAUGCUUAUAGUAGUUAUACAUAUCUUAUAAAUAAAGAAGAAUUGAUAAAUAUUUCUAAUGAGAAUGUGUCUAAACUUUAUGAUUUAUUUAAAAUUUUAUGCAAUAUGAUUAAUAGUGCUGAUAAAAAAGAUGGUGGGGAAACAUGUUUAAAAUAUGCUGAUCAAUUUGUUGAUGCAUAUCAAAAAUUUAUAAAUGACACUGAUAUUGAAAACAGCUCAUAUAAUAAAAUAUUGUCUACAUUAUCAAAUGAUUAUACGGGUUAUGGAAAGCAAACUAUUUAUUUACAUUUACGAAAUAAACUACCAAAUCUUAUAACGGAAAAAACUGCAACGCAAGUUUCUGGGUCAAGUCCUAAAGAACCACAAGAUACCUCCUUGAGUGAAAUGACAACGCCAAGUUUUGAAAUUGAAAUGUCAGAUUCUGAUUCAACAUCGACAAGUUCUGAAAUUGAAAUAUUAGAUUCUGGUUCAGCAUCGCCUAGUUCAUCAAUAUUAAAUAAACUAAUUUCAAUUCCAUUUAUAUUUGUUGUAACAUUAAUCUUAUUAGGAAUUGCAUAUAAGUAUUCGUUAUUUGGAUUUCGGAAACGAUCUCAAAAACAACAAAUAAGAGAAAAGCUAAAAAAAUGA